UCCCCCUUCUCAUUCGAGAGAGAGCGAGAAAGGACUAUCUGAGUCCUGACUCCCUUUUUAUUUGAUGUCAGCCCCCUCCCAAGCCUCCUUGGCUUGGAUCUUGUGAUUUACUUUUUUUUUUCUUCUUCUUCCUUGCCUCUUCUUUGCUUCCAUCUGAUUACUCUUGGCAACAUGGCAGAACGGAUAGGAACGGAUAGGGGAAGAGAGUGACGUCUCGCGAGGCCCGUGUGCAUUAUCCGAUGUAAAUAAUGUAAAAGAUCGACUCUUCCCUUCGUCGAUAUCAACAGUACAUGUUCGAUCAAAGUUGAACUCCUAUCUCCUCAAGCAAGAUCCAAUCUACAUACAUACCUACAUACACAGUCCCGUAAUAAUUCACAAUGUUAUUCUCAACUCGCACUCUUUUCUCCGGGACCGCCGCGCUGCUGGCUCUCUGCAACGCAGCUAUGGCUUCUCCUGUAGUAGAAGCACCUAGCCCCACGGUCCCCGGACACUGUUCGACUACAAUUGACGACUUCGAACACACCACGGCUUGGGUCAAGACUCACGAAUGUUACACUUACACCAGGACUGUCCAGUCAUCUGCUUGCCCGACGUUGUCAUGCGCAUCCAAACCAACAGAUGCAGUCUGCCCGCUCUACAUCAAGGUCUCAAGCGUGACCGUGCCGUGCUCUACCGACUGCUGCCCGACGACGUCGACGUCGUAUGUAGCCAACGGCGCGUGCCCGACUUGCGACCCUUGCCCUAUUCCCACCGAGUGGAUCACUUACACGACUGGGUGUCCUGGCACGCCUACUAUUACGUCCGUGACCAUUGAGACCCCGCCGUGGAAUACUCCCGACACCGUUGAGAAUUAAUACGCGAGGAAGAUCUAAGGAAAAUGACAGGGACGAAAGGGGAAAAAAAAAAAAGGGAGACAUGUAAUCUGUAGCCACC